AUGAGGAGAAUCUGCCGUAGAAGUGUGACUCUGCCAUUUUUCAUCAGUCAUUCACCAGGUCACCCAGGCCCUCCAGCAAAUCCUGCAGGAGCCAUGAAAGUUUUAAUCAAGACCAUGAAAUUUGCCCACAGUAAGUUGCUGGCUUGGCUCAGCUCCGCUGACGUAAGGCGAACACAGGGAACGGCGUCGUCUGCAAAAACAGAACAAGAGUCUGGAGGAGCCGAGAAAGGUCAGCUCUGUGAGCCAACACAAUUCCAGCUCUCUGUUUCGUGCGGAGUGACGGUCACGGCGGUAUUUGGCUCUCUUGCCAUGAUCUCUGCACAGCAGCCACCAUUUCCCAGCAAAAUUCAAAGAACAAUGGACUGCCAAUCUGAGGAAGAAGAAACAUGUGAAGAGCAGUAUGACUCUGAAAACUGUACUUGCAGCUCUGAGGAUGCAGAAUCUGAAAGAGGGUCACCAGUAACUCUUAAAAUACUGCAGAACUGGGUUCCUAGAGUUUCACACUACUUUGAUAAGGAGCACUAUACAUACGUUGGCCACCAGAUUGUCAUUCAGGAGUCCAUAGAACACUUUGGAGCUGUGGUAUGGCCAGGGGCACUGGCUUUAUCUCAGUAUCUGGAAGCAAAUCAAGAACAAUUCAACCUCAAAGACAAAAAAGUUUUGGAAAUUGGUGCUGGAACAGGCUUGCUUUCCAUUGUGGCCUGUAUCUUAGGGGCUCAUGUUACAGCUACUGAUUUGCCAGAAGUUCUUGAAAAUCUCUCAUAUAAUAUUUCAAGAAAUACACAGAACUUGAAUAUGCACAAACCUGAAGUGAGAAAACUGGUAUGGGGAGAAGGCCUCAAUGAAGACUUUCCUGUAUCAACUUACCAUUAUGAUUUCAUACUGGCAACUGAUGUUGUGUACCAUCAUGGAGCUCUGGACCCCCUGCUAGCAACAAUGGUGUACUUUUGUAAGCCAGGAACAGUAUUACUAUGGGCAAAUAAAUUCAGAUUCAGUACAGACUACGAAUUUUUGGAAAAAGUUUGCAAUAUAUUUAACACAACCAUUCUAGCAGAAUUUCCAGAAUCAAAUGUCAAGCUACUUAAAGCCACAGUAAGAAAGAAUUAAAGAGAAAACUACUACUGAUCUUGAUUUAGUGGCAGCACCUCAAAAAUUGGAAUGCUUUCCAAGAUUAUGUUGCACCAUCUGUGCAUUUAUGGUUGUAAAGUUGCAGUUCCAUCUACGUUUUGCAUUGCAAGUAGAAAAAAACCCAGCAAGGCAAAAGAUAUAGCAGUUUGUCUCUGGUUGAUAAAUAUGACCUGUUCAAACUGACCAAUUCCCCUCCACUGAAGGAACAGUAUUAGUAAGAAGGUUUUAACAAAAAGCAUUGAUCUUCUGGGCUGCACUGAACCUCUGCUGUUUGUAAGCUGCUUUCUUUCAGCAAGUUUUAUUUAGGUACUCAUCCAGAAACCAAUACAAAUUUUAGCUUCAGUAUUUUUAUUCAUUAUAAAAAUCUUUUAAAGUAUCAGAGUGAACAUGGUGGUAUUUUGAUCUUCAACUUUGCACAUUUAUUCUGCUGUGUUUUGUAUUUUUAACAUUAAUAAACAUCUAUGUAUAGCUUUACAAUAUCUGAUCAACAUGUAACUGUCUGGCACUUUUAUACAUGUAUCAGCCUGUCCUGAUAUUCAGCUUCACCAGGAUUUCUGAGUUUGCCUGAAAUCACUCCAAAAUGAAGAGUUUUGAAAAUUUACAAGAGUACCUAUGCAUCUGCAAUUCUGAGAAACAUUGUAACCAUUUGAGAGGUUGAAUUUUUCUCAAAAACAUUAAAUGUAAACUCUUGCAAACAA